GAACAAAGGUCAAUGCAAUCCAGAUGCAACUCUCCAAUCACUUUCUCUCCCUCCAAAACGAACAGCCGUCCGAGCCUUCAAACUGAAAUGGAUAAGACGGAUACAUAAUAUAUAGCACAAACUUUAACGCCAAAAGGUUUCUCCUAUCUCCACUAUUCUUCAAAUGCAACUCUCCAAUCACUUUCUCUCCUUCCGAAAUCCUCCUGUCCUCUCUCGUCAUCGCAGCCGUGCUCUCAUCUGCAAAUUCACUGCUCUUUCAUUCGCAAACUCGUCCAAAACCGGCGCCUCUGAAUCUCUCCAACUAGAAACCCUGACAAGCCUCGAAUGGCCCGCCCUCUGCCACCAGUUCUCCUCCUUCACGCAGACUUCCAUGGGCCUUUCCGUCGCCCAAGGGGCCCGAAUUCCCUUUGGAAAAUCCCGACGUCAGAGCCAGAAGCUUCUGGAUCAGACUUCCGCCGCCCUGGCGGUGAUGCAAUUUCAGCAGUUGGAUUUAUCUAAAAUCGAAGAUAUUUCGGGAAUUAUAAAUUCCGCUGUUUCGGGUCAGUUGCUUUCUCUGAGUGAGAUUUGUGCUGUUAGAAGGACACUGAGAGAGGUCAGUGCCGUGUGGGAGAAGCUAAAGAAGGUAACGGCCCUGGAGGAAGAUUCUUUGGAGAGGUAUUCUCCUCUGCUUGAUAUACUCAAGGAUUGCAAUUUUCAGACGGGGUUAGAGCAAAGAAUAGGAUUUUGCAUUGACUGCAAUCUUUCAAUUAUCCUUGAUAGAGCUAGUGAGGAUUUAGAGAUCAUUAGGGAAGAAAGGAAAAGGAACAUGGAAAAUCUGGAUGCUCUAUUGAAGGAUGUAUCAACUAGAAUUUAUCAGGCUGGUGGCAUUGACAAGCCUUUAAUAACCAAGCGCCGGUCUAGGAUGUGUGUGGGUAUUAAGGCUUCUCACAAGUAUUUGCUUCCAGAUGGUGUAGUUUUAAAUGUUAGUAGUUCUGGUGCAACGUACUUUAUGGAACCUAAAGAUGUAGUGGAGUUGAACAAUAUGGAAGUAAAGCUUUCAAACUCUGAGAAAGCAGAGGAGAUGGCCAUUCUAAGCCUACUUACAGCUGAAAUAGUGAAAUCAGAAAUAGAUAUAAAAUAUUUGCUAGAUAAAGUUCUAGAAGUUGAUCUUGCUUUUGCCAGGGCUGGGUAUGCUCAGUGGAUGAAUGGGGUCUGUCCAAUUUUAAGUUCAGAGAAUCAUGAGGGCUUUAAUUAUAGUGAAAACAAUUGUUCUUUAUCAGUAAACAUUGAAGGUAUUAGACAUCCACUGCUCCUUGGGUCCCCUUCAACACUAGUUUCUUCUAACUCUAGAAAUUCAGCUUCGGUGGAAGUGAUAAAUGGUGUUAUGAAUAUUGGAAGUUUGUCAAAAGGUGUUUCUGAUUUUCCUACACCAAUAGACAUCAAAGUUGAGCAUGAGACCAGAGUAGUUGUGAUCUCAGGACCUAAUACAGGAGGGAAAACUGCUUCGAUGAAAACUCUAGGCCUGGCAUCUCUUAUGUCAAAGGCUGGCAUAUUUUUGCCUUCUAAGAACAACCCGAGGCUUCCAUGGUUUGAUCUUGUUCUUGCAGAUAUUGGGGAUCAUCAGUCCCUUGAACAAAAUCUCUCGACUUUCAGUGGGCAUAUAUCAAGGAUUAUUGAGAUCAUGGAAGUCGUUUCAAGAGAAUCACUUGUCCUCAUUGAUGAAAUAGGGAGUGGAACUGAUCCUUCGGAAGGGGUAGCUCUUGCUACUGGCAUCCUGCAAUAUCUAAAAGAUCGCGUUGGUUUAGCUAUUGUUACUACUCAUUAUGCUGAUUUAAGCUGUCUGAAAGACAAAGAUUCUCAGUUUGAGAAUGCUGCCAUGGAAUUUUCAAUGGAAACUUUACAACCUACCUAUAAAAUUCUUUGGGGAAGUACUGGUGAUUCAAAUGCGUUAAAUAUUGCUAAAACAAUUGGUUUUGAUAGAAAUAUAAUCGAACGUGCAAAACAGUGGGUGGAGAGGUUAAGGGCAGAAGAGCAGCAGCAGUGGAAAGGUGAGUUGUAUCAAUCAUUAAUGGAGGAGAGAAGGAAAUUAGAAGGUCAGGCCAGGAGAGCUGCAUCUCUUCAUGCAGAAAUUAUGGAUCUUUACCAUAAGAUUCAAGAAGAGGCAAAAGAUAUAGAUAGACGUGAGGUAAUUCUCAGGGAAAAGGAAACAAAACAGGUCCAGCAAGAACUAAAUGCUGCAAAGUCAAAGAUAGAAACUGUGGUCCAGGAGUUUGAAACCCAACUCAAAACUGCCAGUGUUGAUCAGCUUAAUUCUUUAGUAAAAAAAUCAGAAUCUGCAAUUGCAUCAAUUGUUGAAGCUCACCUCCCUGCUGAUGAUGACUUUGUCAGUGAAACAACUGCCACUUCAUUUACGCCCAAAUUUGGGGAGCAAGUCCAUGUGAAGGGCUUGGGAGAUAAAUUGGCUAUUGUAGUUGAAGCACCUGGAGAUGAUGAGACUGUCUUAGUCCAAUAUGGUAAAAUAAGUGUUCGUGUGAAGAAAAACAGCAUUAAGGCUAUUCCCAGUAACAGAAGAAAUGUUGCAACUAGCUCUGUCCCACGUUUGAAAAAGCAGAGAUACCGGAGUGAUGAGUUAAAGAAUGAUUUAGUGGGAAGCAAUGCUGAAGAGGCUCCUUACAGCCCCCGGGUGCAAACAUCCAAGAAUACUGUGGAUCUCCGUGGAAUGCGAGUAGAAGAAGCUGCUCACCACCUUGAUAUGGCCAUCUCUGCAACAGGCUCACGUUCAGUUCUCUUUAUUGUACAUGGUAUGGGGACCGGGGUUGUUAAAGAACGAGCACUGGAUAUACUGAGAAAUCAUCAACGCGUAGCCAAUUAUGAACCAGAAAGUCCAAUGAAUUAUGGUUGUACAGUUGCUUAUAUCAAGUGAAAUCUCUAUCACAAUUUUCAUAUAAAUCAUAUUUUAGACAGGCCGGUUCCUCUUUUAAAAUUUGAACUUGAGUGUAGAAUAGCAGUGUUCACAUGCUUCAUCAUCCAUCCAGAUGUCAACAUUGAGCCUUUCUGAAUAAAUCAAUCAUUUCUAUUCA